AUGACUCAAUCCCAGCCACCCUUUGUGACGACCAUCGAGCUCAACGUUACCCAAAACAACCCAGCUGGCGAAAGGACCAACACCACAUCCUCCCCCUCUACCUCCGUUAAAGACACACAAAAUGACGCCCAGCUACAAACCUCACUAGCCGCGGACUCAGAAAACCCCGACGGCGGCUACGGAUGGAUCGUCCUGUUUGCAUGCGUGGUGAUAGCCUGGUGGUAUAUCAGCAUUGCAUACACAUGGGGGAUUUAUCAGAUAGCCCUAGUGCAGCAGCAGCAUAUGCCCGCCUCAACACUGGCGUUUGUGGGCUCGCUAUGUCCGAGUUUUAUCGCGUCGCUGGCGAUUCCGAAUGCGAAGCUGGUGAGGGCUCUUGGGCCGCGGGUUACGGCGUUGAUAGGGAUGUUUGUUAUGGGGUUGGGAUGUAUCUUUGCUUCGUUUACGACGCGGCAUGUGGGUGGUCUGUUUGUGACGUUUGGGGUUGUUUGUGGAGUUGGGAAUAGUAUGCUUUUUAUGGUUAUCAAUGUAGCCCCAUCGCAAUGGUUCAGCAAGAAACGAGGCCUCGCCAACGGCAUGAUAUACGCAGCAGGCGGGCUCGGCGGCGCCGUGAUGAGUUUCGUCUUGGACGCUCUAAUCAAGGACCUAGGAAUCCCCUGGGCGUUUCGCAUCCAAGGCUUCGCUAUGCUAGCAACAGGUCUACCAGCGGCGCACCUCCUCCGAACGCGGUAUCCAAUCCCACCAACCAAGAUGGUCGAGUGGACUAUGUUCCGCGAUGCUAAAUUCGUCGUCCUCUUUGCCGCUGGCGCGGUUACUACAUUCCCGCUGUACGUGCCGCCGUUUUUCCUCCCGCUUUAUGCAGAUGCGCUGGCGCUGUCUUCAGAUGCAGGGGUUAGUCUAGUCGCCGGGUUUAAUUUCGCGUCUGCGGUUGGGCGUCUGGGAUGUGGGUAUGCGGGUGAUGUGCUGGGGUCUGUCAAUGCACUGUUCCUGUCGGUGACGCUGAAUGCGCUGACGAUGCUGAUGAUCUGGCCGUUGUCGGAUUCGCUGGGGCCGUUGAUUCCAUUUGUGAUCCUGAAUGGAAUGGCGAAUGGGGGGUUCUUUGCGAUCAUGCCGACGAUUGUUAGCCGUGUUUUUGGCUCGGCUAGGCUUUCAGUUGCGAUGGGGAUGAUUGUGACGGGCUGGUUUGGGGGGUAUCUCUUGGGCCCGCCAAUCGCUGGGUAUAUCCUCGAGGCAACAGGGGAUAAGUCCUCCAUUAGAACAUAUCGACCAGCUAUCUUCUUCGCUGGGGCAAUGGCAGCAGCGUCAGUUGUCCUGGUUGGUGCGAUACGUUUACUGAUAGACCGAGAGUUACGAAGGAAGGUUUGA